AUAAAUUUGGAGAAUCAUUAUUGAGAGCUUAAUUGCUUAAUACGUGUGAAGCAAUAGUUCUGUUACAUAAGAUAAUUAUAAUUAUAACUCUCACCUUGUAUUCUUGCACUAACUAAAGCGCCAAAAAUUGCUUAUUGUUCAAUUUUCGAUUCUUGAACAUCUUUGCUUCUAAUUGUAAUAAUUAUAUAUCAUGUCUAUAAGCACAAAAUAAGCAAGCAAGAAACAGAAGGUUGUUUUGGUUUAGUGAAGUAAGCAAGAAAUGAUGUACGAUACUUUACUUUCCAGAAGCUUUAGCAAGCAUGAGAAACAGAAGUUGGGAUAUGGGGGACUCGUCAUUUUCUUCCUCAUUGCAUUCAGCUUCUGCACAGUUUUUAAGCCUUAUUUGGGUUCUCUACGAGUUUUGAAUUUGCGGUUAUCUAUUGAAGCUGGCCGAAAAUUGGAAAUUGUAAAUGAUACAAGCAUCUCUCUGCUAUCAUCCAGAGAAAAUAUAAUGAAGAGUACACUAAUGUUAAAUGAUAGAGGCAGCCCACAGCAAAUAAUUAAGAAAAUUGCAAGAAAUAAUAAUAAAACGACCAACGACAAAAACAGUUCUCAGCAAAUUAUAAUAAAAGAAAUUAUCGAAGAAACGACAAUUGUCAACAAUACAAACAGGUCUCAUACGGUAGCAGGUGAUAUUAUAAUAAAUAAUAAAAUUGAGCCUGCAGUAUGCCAUGCUGCUGAAAGAUCGGACUUCUGUGACAUAAAAGGGGACGUUAGAAUUGAUGCGAAUACCUCAACUGUUUUUGUAGUCUCAUCUGAAAUUGAUAUUGCAGCUGCAAACACAAGCUCCUGGAAGAUCAGGCCUUAUGCACGAAAGGGUGACAUAGUAGCAAUGAAGAACACCAGGGAAUGGUCACUUAAACUUGUUACCAAUCACAAGAAUUCCAUCCCUAAAUGCACUCAAAAUCAUAAUGUUCACGGAAUCCUUUUUUCCCUUGGGGGAUAUUCAGGAAACCAUUUUCAUGCCUUCACUGACAUUAUUGUUCCUCUGUUCUCAACUGCUCGACCCUUUAAUGGUGUCGUACAGUUUCUUGUUACGGACAUACAACAACGGUGGAUUGCAAAAUUCAGAGUACUAUUAAAGGCACUAUCUAGAUAUGAUGUUAUUGACAUUGACAAUACAGGACAUGUACAUUGCUUCACAAGCAUAAUAGUUGGUCUUAAACGACAAUCAAGCAAAGAGCUUAGUAUUGAUACCUCAAAAUUCGGAUAUUCUACAAAAGACUUUAGGCAAUUCUUGUCAAGUUCAUAUUCGUUAAGGAAGACAAGUGCAAUCAAGAUGAAGAAUAAUAUGAAAAAGAGGCCUCGGCUUCUGAUAAUUUCAAGAAAGAGAUCUCGAGCAUUUACCAACGUUAAUGAAAUUGCUAAAAUGGCAAGAAGAUUGGGGUAUAAAGUAGUUGUGGAUGAACCUGAUGCGAAUGUGUCAAGAUCUGCACAGGUUAUGAAUUCUUGUGAUGUGGUGCUGGGAGUACAUGGAGCUGGUUUAACGAACAUUGUUUUUCUUCCUGAAAAUGCAGUCUUGAUUCAAGUAGUGCCCUUUGGUGGGGCAGAAUGGGUUUCAAAAACCUUCUUUCAAGAGCCUGCAAAGGAAAUGAACAUAAGGUACUUGGAGUAUAAAAUCAGUAUAGAAGAAAGCUCUUUGAUACAGCAAUACCCAGCCGACCAUGUGGUUUUAAGGAAUCCCUCUGUAAUCCAAAAACAGGGCUGGGAAGCAUUCAAGUCUAUAUAUUUUGACAAGCAAAAUGUAAAGCUUGAUUUGAAUAGGUUUAGAUACACAUUGCUAAAAGCUUUAGAGCUUUUGCAUCAGUAAAAUGUGCUUUCUUAGGAUUAUCAACUAGAUACCAAACAUUAUCCCGCACCUUGAAUUUGUAUUUCUAAAAUUCAAAUUGUAAAGUUCAAACUGAAGUUCUUAUGCUAUGGAAUGGUAAAUUUGGUA